CCGCGCGGCGCACCGUCAAGAUGGCGGCGGGCGUGCGGAAACGCACCCGGACGGGUCCCGCGGCCCGCGCGGCCGGGCGCUGCGGACAGUGGCUGCGGCGCGCCUGGCAGGAGCGGCGCCGACUGCUGCUGGAGCCGCGCUACACGCUGCUGGUGGCCGCCUGCCUCUGCCUGGCGGAGGUGGGCAUCACCUUCUGGGUCAUUCACAGGGUGGCAUACACAGAGAUCGACUGGAAGGCCUAUAUGGCCGAGGUGGAAGGCGUCAUCAAUGGCACCUAUGACUACACCCAGCUGCAGGGCGACACUGGGCCCCUCGUGUACCCUGCCGGCUUUGUGUACAUCUUUAUGGGGCUCUAUUAUGCCACGGGCCGGGGCACUGACAUCCGCAUGGCCCAGCACAUCUUUGCUGUCCUCUACCUGGCCACCUUGCUGCUGGUCUUUCUGAUCUACCACCAGACAUGCAAGGUGCCUCCCUUUGUCUUCUUCUUCAUGUGCUGCGCCUCUUACCGCGUCCACUCCAUCUUCGUGCUGCGGCUCUUCAACGACCCCGUGGCCAUGGCGCUGCUCUUCCUCAGUAUCAACCUCCUGCUGGCCCAGCGCUGGAGCUGGGGCUGCGGCUGCUUCAGCCUGGCGGUCUCUGUGAAGAUGAACGUGCUCCUCUUCGCCCCCGGGUUACUCUUCCUACUUCUUAUGCAGUUUGGCCUCCGUGGGGCCCUCCCUAAGCUGGGCAUCUGUGCUGUCCUACAGGUGGUCCUGGGGCUGCCCUUCCUGCUGGAGAACCCAGUCGGCUACCUGACCCGUUCCUUUGACCUCGGCCGCCAGUUUCUCUUCCGCUGGACCGUGAACUGGCGGUUCCUGCCUGAGGCCUUUUUCCUGCACCGCGCCUUCCACCUGGGGCUCCUGGGCGCCCACCUCACCCUGCUCUUGCUCUUCGCCCUCUACAGGUGGCACCGGACUGGGGAGAGUAUCCUGUCACUGCUGAAGGACCCCGCCAAGAGGAAGGUUCCGCCUCAGCCCCUCAAACCCAAUCAGAUCGUUUCCACCCUCUUCACCUCUAACUUCAUUGGCAUCUGCUUCAGCCGCUCGCUCCAUUACCAGUUCUACGUCUGGUAUUUCCACACACUGCCCUACCUCCUGUGGGCCACGCCGGCGCGCUGGCUUACACACCUGCUCAGGUUGCUGGUGCUGGGGCUCAUCGAGCUCUCCUGGAAUACGUACCCGUCCACGUCCUUCAGCUCGGCCGCACUGCACGCGUGCCACGCCGUCAUCCUGCUGCAGCUCUGGCUGGGCCCCCAGGCGCCAGCCCGCGGCAGCGCGCACAGCAAGAAGGCCCACUGAGGGC